AUGACGGGUCUCAUGCUUCCUGUCAAUAGGCUCUUAGGUCUGGUACCGAGAGGUGAUGACGCUACUAACAAACAUAGAGAAGAGCAAGGCUUACCUUUGGACCAAAUGGACGCCGAAGGGGUGAGGUUUCGGCAGACUACUAGCCAACAGUCUCCUGCUGCGGAAGAUCUUUCUGAAAUCCGGACCUCAAGCGGUACACUGCCUUCUGUAACAGUAGAAGAAACUUCACAAGUACAAGAGGACCCUGAGCUUGAAGACUCCUUCGUUAAGAUCAAUCUGCGUCGGAUCUCAACGACCUUUUCCCCACGAAUAAGAGCAGAAAAGAGAAAGACAGAGGAGAAGCGUUUGAACAAACUGCAUGGCUACCAUAGACUGGAGAAAGAGAGUUACGAGAAAGUACCUCAAGGCUUCCCAAGACUUGCCGCAUUCGUUUCCAGCGACGACGACUUACAGAUCUCCCGAGGCUACAAGACCUUACAUAACCACCUCAUUCUGAUCUGCGAGGUGGAGCUCAACGAGUUGGAGAAGCGACUGGCAGAGCUCGACAAGCACGACGAUACCGAUCCGAUAACGAACCAUCGCUUGAAGCAUACAGAACACAAGAAUUGCUGGGAUGAUAAGCGAAAGAUAUUGAUGAUCGAUAUCAAGGCGAAGCUCAAGGAGUACGACGACCUUGUUUUGCGCCACGCGAAGAUGCAAGCUCUGGGUCGAACCCCCAAGCGUGUCCAUAAAGUCUUAUACAACUGGAUCUGGCAGAACAAGCCACUUGCUCCAGGGUACUGGGAUUUCAUCAUGCACCAAGACGAUUUCCUCAGCAUCAAUGGGCAUGGUAGUAAUUACUUCGAAACAUUUCUCCAGGACCGACUCAACAGUUGGCCGUGGAGCUUCUUGAAGCCAUACCUUGUAACUGCCACGGAGCGCGAGAAGACCACGGAUACGCAAGUGACGUACUAUUCUGCAACGCUUCUUAAGAUCUGGGGCGGCCUCUUCUUAGUACUAACCACCGUCGGUAUCCUACUGACUCCAGUGUUUCUCUUGUUCUUGGUACCCAUGAGUCGUUCCUGGAUGGCCGUUACCGCAUCCAUAUUCAUCGUCCUAUUCUCUAUCGUGGUGUCGGUGGUUACUGGCGCACAUGUGUACAAUGUCUUCGUCAGCACUGCCACAUAUAGCGCAAUCGUGGUGACCUUCCUCGGAAAUAUUAGCGCCGGGAAUGGAAAAGUCACUCCCCCAAUGUGA